GAGGUUAGCUUUUCCUUCAUUUGUUUGCUAAGUCUAUGCUACACACAAGAGUGAAUAUGUGGCUGAAUAUAGAGUUAUCGGUGACUGUUGGCUCAGUGGAAGUGAGAGAGCCUGCAGAGGUCUUUAAUUAGCUGUUGUACAAAACCACACUAUAAGAUGGAGGAUGGCAUGGACAUAGAGGAACAUGAUCUGUUGAACAACCCUACUGUGAGGAGCGUGUUUCCAGAUCUUGCCGUUCUCAAACAAGAAAUUAUUGAUUUUGAUACAAGUGAAGGUGUAGCACCAGAAUCCUUUAUAACGCCGGAAGUACCAAAGAGAUAUGAAAACGAAAAUCAACUACACAAUUUAACGGUCUACAGUAGGGAUCAUCCUACCGAGUGCUCCACUCAAGACCUGGAUGUGAAACCUGACCACCUGUGUACUGACAUGGAUGACACAAUAACUGUUAAGGGCAACAUUUUGACGGAAUUUCAUGAAAUUGAAACUGAAAUCAAGAAGGAAUCAGAGAAUGUUGUACCAAAUGAAUUGCCAUUUUACAGAAACAGAAUUAUACUCGGCAAGAUACAUGUAGACGAGUCUGACGAAGAACGAGAAAUUGAUGCACCAGGAGACUGUAAUAAUGUUGUAAACAUCAAAACAAACAAUGAUCAAGAUUUGGCAGGCUCAAUAUACACUGAUGUAAAUAGAAGCAUGAGGAUAACUAAACAGUAUUAUGAAAUGGAAAAAUGUUUGGGAGCGAAAAUUAUUCUAACAAACUGUUAUACAACUCUAUUGAACAACAACUGUUACUGUGCUCAGUGUGCAGUGUUGUUCCCCACCACUGAAGCGUAUAGUGAACAUUACACGAGCACACACACCGAGACCACUCACUCAACUAAUGCCUCGGCUUCUCUUGUGAAAGGAAAACAAAUCAUAUACCUACGUGAGAAAGCAUUUGUGUGUGACUCCUGCAUGAAAAUAUUCAGCAGAAAAAGCAGCUUGAUAAAGCACAUUUCAAUUCACACUGGCGAAAAGCCAUUCGAGAGUGACAUUUGCAAGAAAACAUCGAGGCAUCGGUCCACAACGAAAAGACACAAGUUACUUCACACUGGGGAAAAGCCCUUCCAGUGUGACAUUUGCGCGAAAACAUUCAACCUUUUAAGUAGUUUAAAGAGACACAAGUUACUUCACACUGGCGAAAAGCCAUUCCAGUGUGACAUUUGCACGAAAUCAUUUAACCAAAUAUAUAAUUUGAAGACCCACAAGUUAACUCACACUGGCGAAAAGCCAUUCGAGUGUGACAUUUGCAUGAAAACAUUUAAACGAAGAAGUCAUUUGAAGAGCCACAGCUUACGACACACUGAAGAAAAACCAUUCCAUUGUGAAACUUGCAAGAAAACAUUCAAAUAUGUAUUGUCUUUAAAACUACACAAAUUAACUCAUACUGGUGAAAAGCCUUUUAAGUGUGAAAAUUGCACGAAAACAUUUUACGAAAAAAGUAAAUUAAAGAGACACAAGUUACUUCACACUGGGGAAAAGCCCUUCCAGUGUGACAUUUGUACGAAAACAUUUAGACGAAGAAGUCAUUUGAAGCUCCACAAGUUAAUUCACACUGGAGAAAAACCAUUUGAGUGUGACAUUUGCAAGAAAACAUUUAAACGAAGAUGUUAUUUGAAGGGCCACAGCUUACGUCACACUGAAGAAAAUUGCAAUUCUGACAUCGGCGCGGACGGUCGCUUUCUAGCGGCGCCGUCUGUAGCCGUCACGUGUGACUCACUACUGAGUGACCCGGCUGCUCAAGGACAGCGUCCUGUUGUACACCGAGAUGCCUGA